GGCGGCCUUUGAAUAUUUGAAACCCACUUCCUCCUCGCGAGCCUCCAUUCAAUCAAAAGAAACGUGACAGGGCUUUGGUUCUCCUGAUCCCUCUCUCGAGCUCUCGUUAGGUCGGUUAUUCUCAAAGGCGAGCCUUGCGAUGGCCAGAAGGGGGAGGAAGAGGGCGGUCACGGAGUCUCCCCUGAAGCCGAAAACCGAUCACGAGGCUGGGCCGAGCGAGAACAGGGCGGCGCAAUUCGCGGAGCGACAGCGUGGUUUCAAUAAUCGGGAAGUUGAACGUCGAAUUGCUGCAAUUCAAGCUAUUUGUGCAGCAGAGACUGAAAAUUUGCUUUCUCGGUUGCGCUUGCUUCGCUCAUAUUUAAGUAAGGAACAGUUGGAAACUCCAGCAAUAGCAUUUUUUCAGAAAAAUUUGACCAACCUGUCUGUGAUAAGAAAUGAGAAGUACAAAGUUUUUGAGUUGCAAUGGAACGAUAAAGAUGGUUAUUUGCCCGGAAAUCAAGUUGAUGGUAGAAAUAUGCGUGCUUCACUUGAUUCUGUUGGUGGCCUUCAGUUUUCAGUAAACUCGGUGAAGAAAAACUUCUUGGAGGCUGCGAACCUGCAAAUUCCUGAUUUUAUUUGGAAUGAACCAUCAGAAAACCAGAUGCCUGGAACGACAGACAUUUUGCAAACUCCUGGGGCAACUAGGAAUCGAUUAUCUUUUGGCACGACUCCCAAAACUUUAAGGCCGCCAAAGAAUGGUGAGAUGCUUUUGUCUGUUCGUGGCUCACCACUCGGAGUGUACAAAGAAGAUAACUUAGCAGCCAUACAUGAAUCCGGAGAUGGGAGCCAUGAUGGUGCCUCCUGAUAUCAGAGGGCUUGCAUCUAUGCUGGAGUAAGUGGAGCAGAUUAUGUUAACUAUUAAAUCAGUAACCUCAUUGUCUGUGAAGUGUUGGAAAACAUUUUUAAGAUUCAUCGAAACUGUCUAUUUUGCCAACUGUUGACCUUGGGUGCUAUGCAACAAAAGGGACAUGCUAUUUUUCACAAA